GAGAGAGGAGGGUUUGUGCUUUAGUUUGAGGUGAAGCUUUUAUGCCUCCAUGGCUUAUUCAAUUAAACAUCAGAAGAAUCUCUUCGAGGCUUAAAUCAAGCAAGAAAACCAGUUUCAGGUUGUUUUACGUGGACAUACAUAAAGGAAACUACGUUGGUUUGGAGAUUAUACCAAUGGAUACUGUUAAUGAAGCAUCGGAUGCUUCCUGCUCCCAUUUCACUCCUAAAUACACGGAAACUGUACAACGGAGGGAGGUGUACAGUGAUCAUGGAGGCUGCUGAAAUAAUGAAAACAAAGCAGGACUACAUCUACUCCACAGUCAACAGGCUAAAGAGGGACUCUCUUGGUGGGAGAAGUGGUUUUCACAUUGCUUCAUUGGAAAACAAGGGACCUGAGCAAAGACGAGAGGGGAUACUGAAAGUCCCCUUCACCCCAUUAGACAACCUGAGCAACCAGAGGGUAGAUUCAUCGAUGAUGGCUCACAGGAGGCCGACGUUUGACCAUCACAGCAAUGACAAUGCUCUCUUGGUGGGAACCAAGUCGUCCAGAUCCAACAGAGGCAACAUUAAGGACAAGAUUUCUCUAUGGGAGGGCAAAGAGCCCACCCAUUCGCCUCUUACCUCAGGUACUUUAGGCCAAUGUGCCAGUGUAAAAAGGACAGAAUCCCUAACAAAGAGCAAUAACUCAACUGAUAAACAGAGUGCAGAGAGCUACAGGAGAGGAGCCCAUAAGGAAAACCAGGAUCUUGGAAAAAAGAAUGCAGGAGAUUCAAGGCCUUGCUCACCUAAACAACAAAGAGCAACACUCAAUAGCAGCAAGUCCAAUGACAACCAAACGGUGGAGGACUGUAGACGAGUUGUUGUACAUAAAGAAAAGCAAGAUCACGAGAAGGAGAAUGUAGAAAAACUUGGAGAUUCAAGGCCUUGUUCACCGACAGCGACAGAGAAGCAACAGGUGGGGACGCUAAGAAAGAGCAACGACAGGAGAGCAGCAGAACAAACAAGCCAGGAGAAGAGAGCCAUAUUCAGUCUUUUCAAAAAGCUGGAGGCUAUGGGCGAGAACCUGGGGAAAACCCCUCCAGAGCUCGGAAACUACUUCAGCCCACCGAGCAAGGACAAACACACGGAGGCGAAGAAAAAAGAAUUUGAAGCUUUUGGUCAAAGUAACGGGGCAAGAGACUUGAAGGAUUCUCAGGAAAACGUGUACACAGAACCGGGUAUGCCUCCCAUCAACCCAGUCCCCAAACCCCGACGUACCUUCCAGCACCCAGUUACUUCCCCCACAGGAAAGAGCCAGAGGCAGGGCAGAGGGCAGAGAAACCUCCCCCCACUGCCCUCCAUGUCUUCAAAAACAGCCUCAAAACCUCCUUCUGGUAUCUACGGGAGAUCCAGGGGGGAGACAGUCCGAGAUAACCUCAACAGGAGAUCGUUUGAGUUUGAAGACCUCGGAGGGUCAAACAGCCCACUGUUCUCUCGCUCACUGUCUCAGGAACAUCACUAUGAAGACAUCUUGGACUCGUCCAAAGAGAACCCGUAUGAGGACAUAGAGCUGGAGAGUCAGUGCUCCCAGCAGUCUUUGCCCUCCUCUCCUGGCGCUGAUACCACCAAGCCGUCAAGACCCGGCUUCUUCAGGCAGAAUUCAGCCAGGAGCUUUAAGCUGCUGGACCUGCGCAGAACCAACCAGUCGACCCACAGCGCCGGCAGUGGAGGCGUUUCAUCUCCACCCCAACUCAGCCCUCCAUCCACCCCCAACGGGCCAGAACACACCCAAUGGCUGCUUGGAGAUUCCUACAGCCGAACCUGCCGCAGGAUACCAACGGUUGUACUGAGGAUCAACAGCAUAUUUGAGGGUCGGAUCAGGAAAAAGCCUCUCAGAAGGAUCUAUCAUUAUGUUGAGACAAGCUCAGGAAGAGUAACAGAUGAGAACAGCGACUCUGAGAGUGAAGUUGAAGAAAGAGCAAAAGCUCAUCGUCAGCGCCUCGUGUCAGUCAAGUCCAUACUGAGCCAGCAGAACCAGGCUCAGGUCCACUUCAACGGUACCAACACCAGCUCUCUGGAACAGCGCAAGCUUUUUGAAUACUUCCUGGUUGUGUCACUGCAGAAGUCAAAGUCUGGCGGCCACUAUCUGCCGGAGGUCACACAGCAGUUCCCCCCAAAGUUGGAGCGAAGCUUCAAGUUCAUGAGGGAGACGGAGGAUCAGCUGAGGAUCAUCCCUCAGUUCUGUUUUCCUGAUGCCAAAGACUGGGAGCCUGUGGAGAGCUACCCAAGCGAGAUGUUCUCCUUUGUGUUGACCGGAGAGGACGGGAGCAGGAGGUUCGGGUACUGCCGCCGUUUACUGCCCAGCGGAAAAGGCAAACGUCUGCCAGAGGUCUAUUGCAUAGUCAGUCACCUUGGCUGUUUCAACCUGUUCUCCAAGGUGUUGGAUGAGGUGGAGAGGCGGAGGGCUCUGUCUCCGGCCCUGGUGCAACCGUUCAUGAGAGCCAUCAUGGAGGCCCAGUUUCCAGCUCCUGGCAGAACCAUCAACAUCAAAACUUUUCUUCCCGGCUCAGGCACGGAGGUGAUGGAGCUCUGUCGACCCUCCGACUCACGUCUGGAACACGUGGACUUUGAAUGUCUGUUCUCCUGUUUGAGUCUGCGGCUGCUCCUCAGGGUGUUCGGCUCUCUGCUGCUGGAAAGACGCGUCAUCUUCACCGCUGAAAAACUCAGCACUCUCUCCCAGUGCUGUCAUGCGGUCGUGGCAUUGCUGUACCCCUUCGUAUGGCAGCACACUUACAUCCCCGUGCUGCCCUCAGCGAUGCUCGACAUCGUCUGCACCCCGACUCCUUUCAUCGUCGGCCUGCUGUCCAGUUCGCUGCCCCAACUCACCGAGCUGCCCCUGGAAGAGGUUCUGGUUGUUGAUCUUGGAAACAGUCGAUUCCUCAGACAGUUGGAUGAUGAGGACUCCAUCCUGCCAUCGAAGCUCCAAUCAGCCCUGGACAAUGUUCUGGAGAGGAGAAGAGAGCUUGCUAAUGAGCGAGGAGGAGAUACAACCAAUGACUCUGGCCAGCUCAGCACCGUCGUGUCCGAGGCCUUCGUCCGUUUCUUCGUGGAGCUGGUAGGCCACUAUCCGCUCUUCAUCACCGGCGAACGGGAGGACGGCUACUCCUCCUCGUCCUCCUCCCCCGUCCCCUGCUCAUUCCAGCGGGAGGGUUUUCGUAAAGCGAUCCCAUCCAAGACGAUGCGUCGCUUCCUGGAGGUCUUCAUGGAGACCCAGAUGUUUGGCUGGUUCAUCCAAGAGAGGGAGCUCCACAGACAGGCUCUGAGAGGACUGUUUGAAGUGAGAGUGCAGGAGUAUCUGGACUCUAUCCACGAGAAUGAACAUCGGAGGGUUAACAGGUUUCUCAAAGGCUUGGGGAACAAAAUGAAGUUUCUUUCCAAGAAAUAAUGCAAAUGUAGUUGCACAUAAAGAGACACAAACUAAAAAGAAGAAACAUGGACAGCUAAUUCAACAAUCCUCGUCUGACAAACAAUACUCGUCAACGCCAUUCACAUUUGUGUCGGCGAGUGAGACUGAAGGUUUUGAUUUAAGGAGUCAUGACAGACACACUAUGAGUCUGGUGACUCACAAACUGCUCCGAGCAAAGGAAAAUACUGCUGCAUGUCACACAGAGGAAGAAACUUUUAAGGGAUUCCUGGUCGAUUCCUUUUUAAAUGAGAUUCUUCAGGCAACAACUUUCAUAAACACAAACAACAACUUAUAAAAAUGAUGUUGGUAUAUUCUGUAAUCUACAAGUUGCUGACAUAAUAAAGAGAAAAAUCCCUAAAAUUAGCAUAAAAAGAUAAUGAAUGUAAAUUCUUCAGGGCACAGGGGGUCACUGAAUGGUUGAAUCCUCCAGUUUUUGGGUGAAUUUUGCUCUUGUCACAUUUUUAUUCACUGUGGACUCGUUUCACUG